CGCAUCAGGCUGCAGGGAGCAGGACACAGCAGAGAAGUUUGGGGGCAGAUUAUCGCCACAGAUACAAUUUUGGGAGACAUCAUUCUAAUCUGGCGUCUGAAGUCUUCAGACGUAUUUUUAAAAUGGGAACGGAGUUUUUUCACCAAACUAAUCCAUGGAAUAAUAUUAUUCCAGUGCCUGGGAUUAGACCGUUUUGAGUUUCUUCUCUUUGACCCAACCAACCUCCCUCCUCCUCAUCUUGUCACCUUCUACUUUGCAUCAACGGACCAUCUAACAUUUACUGGCGGCCAUCCUCGUACCGUUGGAGCAGUUUUAGAGUUUCACAUUAUGGAUCCCUCCUGUUCUUUGCCCCCACCGUCCACCUACGCAAACUUCUCUGCGCCCUCCUCCGCUCCCUCCAUCUCUCCGUCCCCCAGCUUGGCGUCCACAGCGCUCUUCUGCUCCCUGCUCUCCCUCCUCUCCUUGCUGGGCAUCACGGGAAACCUCUACACCAUGGGCCUCCUUCUGAGGCGCAGGAGAAGUAGGAGGGGACCAACCUGCUGCCUUACGACAGUACCGUUACCCUCCUGCCUCGCCAACUCCUCCCCUUCCUCCUCCCCCACCUCUGCUUCCUCCCACACCUCCUCUCUUCACCUCCAGGUGCUCAGCCUGGCUCUCGCAGAUCUGCUCUACCUUUUCACCGCUCCCUUCAUCGUGUACGACAGCCUGGCUUCUGGCUGGGCCUUCGGAGAGCCCGGCUGCCGCCUCCUCCUGAGCCUGGACCUCCUCACCAUGCACGCCUCCAUCUUCACGCUCACCGCCAUGAGUCUGGACCGCUACCGGGCUGUGGCCCAUCCCCUGCACACCUCCUCCUCCAACUCAUCGGGCCUGCUGCGCGUGGGCCUGGCCUGGGGGCUGGCGGUGGCUCUUACUAUGCCCAUGAUGAUCACGCUGCACCUGGAGGACGGGGACAACCAGGAGGGCCAGCUGUGCGUGCCUGCGUGGGACGAGCAGAGCUCCAAGGCCUAUCUCAGCGUGCUCUUCUGCACCAGCAUCCUCGGCCCCGGCGUGGCCAUUGGAGCGCUUUACGCUACUCUAGGCCGGCUUUAUUGGGUGUCUCAGACCCGGCCGGCCUGGGCGAGUGGGAGCAGCGCUGCUUGUCCCCCCCGCGCCCCCAAACCCAAAGUCCUGCUCCUCAUCCUGGGCAUCGUCCUGGCAUUCUGGGCUUGCUUCCUCCCCUUCUGGAUCUGGCAGCUGCUGCCUCUGUACCAGCCGGACAUGCUGCGGACGGUACCGGUCGGCACGCAGGUGACGGUGAAUCGGAUCCUAACGGGGCUAACGUACGGAAACUCUUGUGUGAAUCCAUUCUUCUACACUCUAUUGACCGGAAAACAAAGACGCAACCGGCAGACGCUGACGUCAGGAAAUCAGCUCUGCCGCAAGAGCAGCCCGCUGUAGAAGUUUCUAGUUUGUGUGACACAAUGAUGUGUGUGCGUGCACAUACAUGUGUGACAUGGUUCUGUGUGGAUGCUUUAUGGGUUCCAUAAUAUGGGCACCAAAGACCAUUGAUCCAUCCUUAGCAAUACAAACUGAGGAUUAUUACUAAGCAAACGAUAGCACUUUGAAAAAAAUAAAUGCUCUUUGAAAAGAACAUCCCGACAAUCAAAAAGACAAUCUUUGCAUUUAACUAAUUUAAUGCUUCAACCACACUUUUCUGGUAGUAUCCAAUAAUGUGUCUUUAAUUGCUGUAGUAACCAAGUUUAAAUAUUGAUCCCUAUUGAUAAAUGAAAUUAUAAUUGUGGUUAUGGUAAAGUAAUAUAAUGUAAAAUACAGUAAUUACUUGAGAAAAUUCAUUUCCACAAAUCAAAAGGUUUAAUAACUCAGAGGAAUGGUUAUUUAGUCAACAAUGAAGCUGACUACACAGUUAUACUGCAAGAGUCAAGAUGAUGCUGCAUGUUCUGCAUGGAAAAGCCUUUUCAGUAAAACCCUAAUGUUCUUCUGCUUGUUUUUAGAGAACCAUGUCUGUCUUUCUGAGACAAUGUUUAUUGACUUAAUUUAUGUUUGAGUGGGUCUACAGUCUUUGGUUUGUCUACCGUGAACCCCGACAUAUCUAAAACAGUAUUAUUCUUCAUAAUCAUGAAAAUGUACUUAUUUUUGAUUCGUGCAAUGCUUUGCAUGGCCUCAACUUGUGCUAAUUGAUGUUCAUAAUAAUGCAUAAUAUAUAGCCUUGAAUAAAGAGUUUGCUUUCUUUAA